CGUCCGGUCGUUCGGAGCAGUUUGUUCUUUCAAACAGCAGAAUAUUGAAAUAUUUGUAACUUUAGUAUUUUUUUUAUCGUUGUUAAGAUACUUUUAACAAUAUAAAAACAGAGAGGAUCUUCAAUCAAAAAUCUUCAAUUUUUUUGCUCAGCAUCUUCUUUCACGUGAGGAUGGAUCAUCACGACUCGCAGCGAGGGAGGAGUCGAGGUCACAGGCGCCAUGACGACGAGGACGAGGCCCAGCCGCUCUACAUCGGCGUCCCGGCUCCCCACCGACGGAAAAGGCGCCGACAUCACUCCAACGCCAGCGACGUGGACCGCGAGUCGCGGCACUCGCAUUACGACCACCACACGCACCGCGAGCACUCGCAGCGCAGCCACUACCACGACCGGGAGGAGCACUACGGCGACGACGAGGGCAGUGGGGAGCGCCACGGCCACGCCGACCCCUCAGUGUCCCCCGCUGCAGAGCGGCUGCGCCACAUCCUGGGGGAGGAGGACAGCCCCCCCACGCCCACCUUGUUCACCGAGAUGGACACGCUGCAGCAGGAGGGGGGCGAGUUGGAGUGGAAAGAGUCUGCGAGGUGGGUGAAGUUCGAGGAGAAGGUGGAGGAGGGGGGGGAGAGGUGGAGCAAACCCCACGUCUCCACGCUGACCCUCCACAGCCUGUUUGAGCUGCGGACCUGUCUGCAGACGGGGAGCAUCCUGCUCGACCUGGAGGGGUACUCGCUGCCGCAGAUCGUGGAUGAGAUCGUGGAUCGACAGAUCCUGGAGGGUCUCAUUGAUCCGGAUCUGAAGGAGAAGAUCAGCUUCGUGUUGCUCAGGAAGCACCGUCACCAGACCAAGAAACCCAUCCACCGCUCGCUGGCAGACAUCGGGAAGUCCUCCAACGCCACGUCCAACCGUAGUCCUCCUACUAACCCGACUCAUAACACUAGUUCAGCUUCUGGGACCCACCGCUCCACAGAAGACCUCCGGUCCAAGCAGACAGGCAGCCUGAGCCGCCUGCAUCAGAUUCAGAGCCGAAGCAUGAACGACAUCUCAGACACACCGAGCACCGACCAGUUGUUCUCCGCCUCCAGCUGAAGAACAAGGUUCAUGAAGAAGAUCCCUCGUGACGCCGAAGCCUCCAACGUCCUGGUCGGGGAGGUGGACUUCCUGGACAAACCCUUCGUCUCCUUCGUCCGUUUGGCUCAGGCCACGACGCUGGGGGGCCUCACCGGUCCGGUGCCGACCCGCUUCCUCUUCAUCCUGCUUGGACCACACGGCAAAACCAAGUCCUACAAUGAGAUCGGCAGAGCUGUCGCCACGCUGAUGGUGGACGACCUGUUCAGCGACGUGGCCUACAAGGCCCGGGACCGCGACGACCUGAUCGCGGGCGUGGACGAGUUCCUGGACGAGGUGAUCGUCCUCCCCCCGGGGGGAGUGGGACCCCAAAAUACGCAUCGAGCCCCCAAGAAGGUUCCAUCGGCGGAAAUGAGGAAGUCGGUGCUGAACCUGAACGAGUUGGGUCAGAUGAACGGCGCGGCCGGCGGCGCGGCCGGAGGAGAAGACGAGGAGUUCCCGGCUCCUCACGAGCUCGGAGAGGAGCUAAAGUUCACUGGGAGGUUCGGCGGCGGCUUGUGGUUGGACAUCAAGCGAAAGGUCCCGUGGUUCUGCAGCGACAUCUACGACGGCUUCCACAUCCAGUCCAUCUCCGCCGUCCUCUUCAUCUACCUGGGCUGCAUCACCAACGCCAUCACCUUCGGGGGGCUGCUGGGGGACGCCACCGACAACUACCAGGGGGUGAUGGAGAGCUUCCUGGGCACGGCUCUAGCGGGGACGGUCUUCUGCGUCUUCGGGGGACAGCCUCUCAUCAUCCUCAGCUCCACCGGACCCAUCCUCAUCUUCGAGAAGCUUCUCUACGAAUUCAGCAAGAACAACCAGGUGGACUACAUGGAGCUCCGCCUGUGGAUUGGACUCCACUCCUGCUUCCAGUGCUUCGUGCUGGUUCUGUCCGACGCCAGCUACAUCAUCAAGUACAUGACGCGCUUCACCGAGGAGGGCUUCUCCAGCCUCAUCUCCUUCAUAUUCAUCUCCGACGCCAUCAAGAAGAUGGUCGGAGCCUGGACGUAUUACCCCAUCAACCGCGGGUUCAAGCCCGACUACGUCACCUCCUACAGGUGUGACUGCAUCGCGCCGGACCAGGCUUCUGCUCUGGGCUUCAACGUUUCUCCCAUCGCCGACGACAACAUGACUCUGAUGUUCAACCUGACGGGCCUGGACUGGAGCCAGCUGAGUAAGAAGGAGUGCGUGAAGUUUGGCGGCGUGCUGCUGGGGAACUCCUGUAAGUACGUCCCAGACCUGGCGCUCAUGUCCUUCAUCCUCUUCUUCGGCACCUACUCCAUGACCGUGUCCCUCAAGAAGUUCAAGUUCAGCCGCUACUUCCCGACGAAGCUCCGCUGCCUCAUCAGCGACUUCUCCAUCAUCAUCUCCAUCCUGGUCUUCUGUUGCCUGGAUCACCUGAUGGAGCUGAACACGGCCAAGCUGCACGUCCCCACAGAGAUAAAGCUGAGGAAGCUGAUCAGUGAUUUUUCCAUCUUCAUGUCAAUCAUGUCCUUUGUGGGUCUGGAUAUGUUGAUGGGCUUAGACACCCCCAAACUAAUCGUCCCUACUGAGUUCAAGCCCACGCGCCCCGAUCGCGGCUGGCUGGUGAUGCCCUUCGGUAAGAACCCCUGGUGGUGGUACGUGGCGAGCUCCGUCCCCGCCCUGCUGGUCACCAUCCUGAUCUUCAUGGACCAGCAGAUCAGCGCCGUCAUCGUCAACCGCAAAGAGAACAAGCUGAAGAAGGGCUGUGGCUACCACCUGGACCUCUUCUGGGUGGGGGUGCUGAUGGCCGUGUGCUCCUUCAUGGGUCUCCCGUGGUACGUGGCGGCCACCGUCAUCUCCAUCGCACACAUCGACUCGCUGAAGAUGGAGAGCGAGUCCAGUGCACCAGGAGAGCAGCCGCAGUUCCUCGGAGUCAGGGAGCAGAGGUUGACGGGCAUCCUGGUGUUCGUUCUGACGGGUCUCUCCAUCUUCCUCGCUCCGGUCCUCCAGUACAUCCCCAUGCCCGUCCUGUACGGCGUGUUCCUCUACAUGGGCGUGGCCUCGCUGAGUGGCAUCCAGUUCUGGGAGCGGAUGAAGCUCUACCUGAUGCCCCCCAAGCACCAGCCCGACUUCUCCUUCCUGCGCCACGUCCCCCUGAGACGCGUCCACCUCUUCACGCUGGUCCAGAUGGUCUGCCUGGCCGUCCUCUGGAUCCUGAAGUCCACCUUCCUGGCCAUCAUCUUCCCCGUGAUGAUCCUGGGCCUGAUGGUGGUGAGGAAGCUGCUGGAUCUGAUGUUCUCACAGCACGACCUGGCCUGGCUGGACGACAUCCUGCCGGACAAAGACAAGAAGGAGGACAACAAGAAGAAGAAGAAGGACAAGAAGAAGGGGGCGGAGCCUGAGAGCGACGAGGAGCUCAACACCUCAGCCCCCCCUCCAGUGAAGAUUCCCAUGGGGGCCACAGAGCCCGUCCCCGCCCACCUUGACCCCCCCCACCCAGAACCAACCCUGUGACUGAGACGAGCCCGUCCUCCACAGUCUCAUCCGAUCAGAAGGAACUGGACCACAGCAUCACUCUGCACCUGAAGCUCUCCUGCCGCGACUCACCUGCCCCCCCGCGGCCCCCCAGCGCCGAGGACCUGGUACUGGUACCACGGCUCACCAUCCACGUGGACUCGGACUUCGAGGAGUGUGGCUUCCACUCCAGAGGACGCCUUCAUUCCCCUCGAGACCCGCUGCCUCCAGCUGGAGCCCAAAGGGGCGGAGCCCCGGCACGCCACGCCCACUUUGGGGAUGAGACCCUCUUGUAGAAGAUUCCAGAGGCGGGGCCUAAUUAGCAAACAGGAAGAUACAUUAAAGAAUGUAUCUUUGUCAGGUAAUAUUCAGCUCAGGUGCUUCCUGUGGUCACGACAAUGACGCGUUAAUAAUGAAUCAUUCGUGCAUAAAGGUUUUGUUGCUUUGUGGAUGUGAAACCAUGAAAAUGUAAUAAAAUAGGAUUUAAAAUAUGUCUAAUUACUCAUAUGCUUUACUUCAUUUUUAUGUGUUUUAUACUUUAUAUGAGGGCUAGAUUUAAUCAAUUAGUAAUGAUGUCAAAAACCUAUUAGCAAUGAAGUCUAAAAUAAUGUAUUAGUAAUGUAUUAUCUAUUGAUUAUUAUUAUCAAUUAAUUAUUGAUAAAAGCUAUUUAAAAAGUAUAAAACGUUUUAAAAAUGUGUCAGUGCCAUAAAGACCUUUCAUCUGGAUUCGAUCCAUCAUCACGGCGCCAUCUAGUGGGAACCAAAUAUGAACAAAUACUUAAUUUAUCACAAUGAAAACGUUAAUGCAGACUAAACAAAGCACUCAGGGCUGCAGUCAGCUUUCCAUUAUUACAAAAAGGCAUUUCUUUCCUCUUAAAAUGUUUGCGUCAAUUCAUGAAAAUAUAUGACGUCAUUCUAUAAGACCUGUCUGGUCUCAACAUUAUAUACAUAUAAAUAUAUAUCAUUUGAGGUUUUGACCCUUCAAACCCUGGAAAAAAAAAAGACUAGAAAAUGUAUUUAAUUAAUAGUUGCACCACGUGACAUUUUUUAAAAUAUUGUAUUUUUGGGUUGAAGCACUAACAUUUUUUUAAUUUUCUUUUUUAUCCAAACUGUUCCAGACUCAACAAUCUGCAGUCCAUCCAUAUUUCAUUAUAUUUAAAUUAAUUUAAUUAGUAGUUGAAGUCACUCUGAUAUACCUGAUAUUUGUAAUGCAUUCGGUGUGGUUCUAUCACCAUGAGUCGAUUACGUCUGAACCAGAAUCAACGUGUGGUUCCGUCUGAGCAGAGAGGUCUUGAUCAUAUACAGACCUCUAUAAACACGCAGAUAAAGGCCUUUAUCUAUAAAUGUCGGACCAGGGACGGCGGCGCAGCAAGCAGAGCAACCAGGAAGCACCUGUUGGUGACGUCACAUCGUAGGUGCGUUUGAUUCUUCUAUCCCCACAGAGAGGCUUGGUUUCCUUAAUGUGAAUACAUCAAAAAUGAAGAUUUAGCAGUAAAAACUACACCCAAAUAAAGCUGACAGUAAAGUCCAGAAAUCAGGAAUGAUAGGUUUCUACCAAAACCUGUGUAACUUAUUGAUGGAACAAACAUGGAUCCAAUGUGUAAUUAAAUUGUUUUGCCUUUUUGAAACAAUUCCAUAAAAUAAAGUAAAAUGAAAAACACAUUUAAAAUUUUAGAAUGUUGAACCUUUAUUGAAACUUCAAAGAAAAUGUGGAAGUGGAAUAAAAGGAAUGAGUGACAUCUGGAGCCGGAAUAAAUGAGUUUACUGAGACAUCUUUACAGCAGGAGAUUAGUUGCCUCCACGGAGACGGAGCACAAGGUGGAGGGUAGACUCUUUCUGGAUGUUGUAGUCAGAGAGGGUACGGCCAUCUUCCAGCUGCUUUCCUGCAAAGAUCAGACGCUGCUGGUCUGGUGGGAUUCCCUCUUUGUCCUGGAUCUUGGCCUUCACAUUCUCAAUGGUGUCACUGGCCUCCACCUCAAGGGUGAUGGUCUUUCCGGUCAGGGUCUUCACAAAGAUCUGCAUGCCUCCACGGAGACGGAGCACAAGGUGGAGGGUAGACUCUUUCUGGAUGUUGUAGUCAGAGAGGGUACGGCCAUCUUCCAGCUGCUUUCCUGCAAAGAUCAGACGCUGCUGGUCUGGUGGGAUUCCCUCCUUGUCCUGGAUCUUGGCCUUCACAUUCUCAAUGGUGUCACUGGCCUCCACCUCAAGGGUGA